ACCAACGGCUGCAAUCGACCCCAACAUUGGCAUGAAUACAGACGGCCCGGCUCCUGCUCGUCUGAGCCUCUCCACCGGGUCAGCAGGAUCGUUAUGGAGUCGGGCUUCAGAUCGACAGCUUGAAAAUGCAAGCGCGAGCAGCAGCACAGCCGAUCCUGGAGAUCGUGUCUUCCCUAUUCGCUCUGUCGUCAGCGUUGACCCAAGCCAGUCCCAGGCCACACCCUGGCCGACGCGCUCAUCCGUAAUGCACGCCUUGAGUUGGACGACCUCAGACAUCCUGAUACCGUACCCAAGUCGUCAAGACCAGGUUGCAACGACUCCAAUAUGCCGGCGAAUGUGUCGGAAAAGAGGAAUACCACCAUGUCAGGCGCCGUUAGUAGUCCUACCAACGAUAUGCAUCCACCACUCUCAAUUUCCAUUGACAGCUCUUCGGAUGCUGCCUCGGAACGUUCCAACAUGAAUGAUGCUGGAUCAUCUGGUUUAUUCGCAUCAUCGGCUUCCGGCAGUGGUCCUAGUCCCAUUGCCAGUUUGGGCGAAGUCAGUGAGCAACUCUAUACUACACGUUUCAAGCAUGUCACUACCGACGAAGGGCACUACGUUAUCACUGGUAGAGAUGGUGUCCUGCAAACAUGUGAAGACGAGCCCAUCCACACGCCUGGGGCCGUUCAAUCUUUUGGUCUUUUAGUCGCGCUGAAGGAGGACAGUGAGGGCCGCUUUCCUGUCCAUGUUGUCAGCGAGAAUUCUAGACAUUUCCUUGGAGUCUCUCCUCAGCAGCUCUUUAAGCUCGACAGCUUUUUGGACAUCUUCUCAGAGGAGCAGGCCGAGAACAUUCUCGACCAUAUUGACUUCAUUCGCGAUGAGGACGCCGACAUCGCUUCUAACGGGCCGGAAGUUUUCAGUAUUUCUAUUCGUCCGCCUAAAGAGCGAAGCAUCAAGCUGUGGUGCGCCAUGCAUAUCAACUUGACCAAUCCCGACAUGAUCAUUUGCGAAUUCGAGCUAGAAGAGGACCAUGAGCACCCCCUCCGUCCGGUCGACGAGAUAACACCGCCUGCACCAGAAGACACACUCUACCAAUUGCCAACUCUUGAGGAAUUCAACGAGAGUACCGAAGUUGGCAGCAAGCCACUGAGAGUUCUGCGUAGUGCUAGGAAAAAGCGAGGAGAGGCUGGGGCUAUGCAGGUGUUCGAUAUAAUGUCCCAAGUACAAGAACAAUUAGCCUCAGCAACCGAUUUGGACAAGUUCCUCAAGAUCCUUGUCGGAAUCGUUAAGGAGUUAACCGGUUUCCAUCGAGUCAUGAUAUACCAGUUCGAUUCGUCGUACAACGGGAAAGUGGUUACUGAACUGGUUGAUCCGACUCAUACACGCGACUUAUACAAGGGCUUAUAUUUUCCAGCCUCUGACAUCCCUAGGCAAGCCCGUGAAUUAUACAAGACGAACAAAGUGCGACUACUUUACGAUCGUGAUUUGGAGUCGGCUCGACUGGUUUGUCGAACACAGGUAGAUAUGGAACAACCGCUCGAUCUUACUCAUUCUUACCUACGCGCAAUGUCUCCAAUACACCUCAAAUACCUCUCCAACAUGGCUGUACGAGCUUCCAUGUCCAUCUCCAUCAACGCGUUCUCUGAACUCUGGGGGUUGAUCGCCUGCCACUCUUAUGGGCCUAGAGGUAUGCGUGUGGCUUUUCCGAUUCGAAAGAUGUGCAGACUCGUGGGGGACACGGCAUCAAGGAACAUAGAAAGGCUAUCAUAUGCCUCGCGUUUGCAGGCAAGGAAGUUGAUUAAUACAGUUCCCACUGAUAAGAAUCCAUCUGGGUACAUCAUCGCCUCUUCCGAUGAUUUGUUGAGACUCUUCGAUGCAGAUUUUGGAAUGCUCUCCAUACGUGGCGAGACUAAGAUACUCGGAAAGCUCGAGCAAACUCAAGAAGCUCUUGCCUUGAUCGAGUACCUACGACUCAAAAAGUUUAGCUCGGUCGUGACCACGCAGGAUAUUGGAGCGGAGCUUCCCGAUCUCAGAUAUCCUCCCGGGUUUUCCGUCAUUGCUGGCAUGCUGUACGUGCCACUGAGCGUGAGAGGUCAAGAUUUUAUUGUCUUUUUCCGAAAGGGUCAGGUCAAAGAAGUUAGAUGGGCAGGAAAUCCAUACGAAAAAGUCAUCCAAGAGGGCACCUCCGACUACCUCGAACCACGCACGAGCUUCCAAGUGUGGCAUGAAACUGUCAUUGGCAAAUGUAGAGAAUGGUCAGAAGAACAAGUCGAAACCGCCGCGGUACUCUGCUUGGUAUACGGCAAGUUCAUAGAAGUCUGGAGAGAAAAAGAACAAGCGCUGCAAAAGAGUCGUCUAACGCGACUCCUGCUGGCGAACUCGGCCCACGAAGUCCGCACACCACUCAACGCUAUCAUAAAUUACCUCGAAAUAGCAUUAGAAGGCAGUCUUGAUGGAGAAACACGAGACAACCUAUCUAAAUCGCACUCGGCAUCCAAAUCGCUGAUUUACGUAAUCAAUGAUUUGCUCGAUCUGACUAAAAUUGAAGAAGGGCAGAACCUUGUCAAAGACGAAGUAAUAGAUUUGCCAGCUUGUCUGAAAGAAGCUACUGAGCCAUUUACAGUGGACGCAAAGAGAAAAGGUAUUUCUUAUUCGGUGAUCGAGCAUCCAGGUCUACCUCGUAUGGUGCAUGGUGACCACCGACGUGUGCGGCAGGCCAUUGCGAAUAUGACGGCAAACGCUGUUGAGCAUACGACAAAGGGGUCGGUCACAGUCGAAUGUUUCGUAACAGAGGUGGUUGACAGCCGGUGCAAGAUCGAAAUUGUGGUUCAAGACACCGGGCGUGGCAUGAGCGACGCCAAGCUUGAUGCAUUAUUUCAAGAGCUUGAACAAGUUAGUACAGUCGAGGGUCUCGAUGACGAAAUCGAUAAGCCGGUUGACAAUCGUGCCCUUGGGCUCGGAUUGGCUGUUGUGGCAAGAAUCGUUCGCAACAUGGACGGUCAGUUACGUUUGAAGUCCGAGGAAGGUCUCGGUUCCCGGUUCGUUAUUCAGCUGCCGUUCGAUCUUCCAGAGGGUUCUGUACCAGAGCAGACCGACUCGAACAAGAAAACGAGGACACAGGCAAAAGGGGCUCCCAGUGUGGCAUCAGUCACCAAAUCUCUACCUCCAAUUGAAGAUGGCGAGGUCACACUGGUGGACCGCGGAUCUGCAAUGGGCACAGACUCACCUAGUCGGACUAUCAGGCACCGCAGGAGCUUUGACGAGACAGGUAGUAUUCAGAGUCUGAGGAGUGCGACGAGUAAGGGCUCAACAACUAGUAACAGGAGUGAUGCCGAUCGCUUAAUUGACGCCCUAUCGACACCAUUAGCGUAUGGCGAGGGUGACCCAGACUCUGUCGGCCUGCAACGUCGCUCCUCGAAGAAUUCCAUCCGGUCUAGUCACAGUGCUGGCGCCAGAUAUUCGCCAACGGAAGGGGGCCAUCCAGGAAGGCAUCCACCCGAGGUGGUACGUCAAGAGCGUCCAGGUCUUCCAUCUCGCUCGACAACGGUACCAUCAAAUCAAUUGGGAUUAGCAUCUUCACCAGGAAUGGCACACGUGAAGGAUUCGAAGACGCCUAUCAAACCGAUUAAAGUACCCGAAGAGUUUUCAGACAUGCCACCGUCUGCGCCUCAACCAGAUCAGACUCGUGGUGUCCUUUUCGAAAUUUCUGAUCAACCCCACAAGGACUCUGCGGCGACACAAUCUAAACCAAAAUCGUCUGUUCCAGAUUCCUCUGAGAAAUUGAAGGUACUCAUUGCCGAAGAUGACCCCGUCAACAGCAGGAUACUGCGGAAACGGUUAGAAAAGGCCAGCCAUGAAGUCGUUCAUACCGUGAACGGCGAAGAUUGUGCAACCGUUUUUAGUGAAGACCCUCAAACGUUUGAAGUGGUGCUUAUGGACAUGCAGAUGCCAAUUGUCGAUGGAUUGAAUAGUGCCAAGAUGAUACGAGCUUUUGAGCAAUCAGACAAAUGCUCUGGCUUGUCGCCGUUGGCCCAGCAUUAUGGCAGAGUUCCUAUUUUCGCUGUUUCAGCAUCUCUUCUUGAACGAGAGAUGACCAAGUAUGUUGACGCCGGUUUCGAUGGCUGGAUUCUGAAGCCGAUUGAUUUCAAAAGAUUAAAUGUAUUACUGGAAGGAAUUAGCAAUGACGCAAUAAGGCAGGGCUGUCUUUAUGCCCCUGGCGAGUGGGAGCGGGGCGGAUGGUUUGAAAGUCGUUCCAAUGAGGACACAAGCACAGGCACCGGGACUGGAUCAUGAGACUGGCAGUCAAAGCAGCUUCAACGCCACGGGUCUGCGUGGCGUCUUUCGGUCAAAGCAGUUUGGCAUUAUGCAUUGAAUGCCGCUUGCGACUGGCAACGCCCAACAUACAACGACUCAAGCAACUAGACUUUUGCUCUGAGAGAUGCCACACCUCCGUUGCAAAACUAUGGAAUCUAAACAUACAGGGGUUUUGGCGUUAUGGGAGGCAUGCAAAGCCUUAGAAAACUCGUCAAUAUUUCUCGUUGUCGGGCUGGAGUAGAUAUGCCGGCAACCAUGCCAAAUUACCAGCAUUG